CCCACCACCAACCCACCCGGUUUACCAGCUUUUCAACAUGGCUGCCCAGGCUAGCGAAAAGCUGCAGAAGCUCGACCUCAACGGUCAGAGUGGCGACGCGAAGGCGGACGACCCUGCCGCUGGUCAAGCAGAAGCCGGAGAGGCGGAGGACGACUCCGAUGACGAUGAAGUAGAGGAUGGAAACGCUGCCCCCGAGGGUGCAGCCAGCGGAGCCGCCAAGAAAAAGAAGAAGCGCAAGUCCAAGAAGAAGAAGAAGGGAGGCGCCAAGGUCCAGAGCUCUCCUCCGCGCGUUCCCCUGUCGACCCUGUUUGCCGGCAAGGAGUACCCCGAGGGUGAGAUCGUCGAGUACCAGAAUGAGAACUCGUACCGCACCACCAACGAGGAGAAGCGCUACCUCGACCGCAUGAAGAACGACUUCCUGCAGGAAUACCGUCAGGCUGCCGAGGUGCACCGUCAGGUCCGUCAGUAUGCGCAGAAGACCAUCAAGCCUGGUCAGACUCUCACGGAGAUCGCGGAGGGCAUUGAGGAGUCAGUCCGUGCCUUGACCGGUCACCAGGGCUUGGAGGAGGGUGACAACCUCAAGGGUGGCAUGGGUUUCCCCUGUGGUCUGAGUAUCAACCACUGCGCCGCCCACUACACCCCGAACGCUGGCAACAAGAUGGUGUUGCAGCAGGGAGAUGUGAUGAAGGUUGAUUUCGGUGCGCAGAUCAAUGGCCGCAUCGUCGACAGUGCUUUCACUGUGGCCUUCGACCCGGUGUAUGACCCUCUCCUGGAGGCUGUCAAGGAUGCUACCAACACUGGUAUCCGCGAAGCGGGUAUUGACGUCCGGAUGAGCGACAUUGGUGCCGCUAUCCAGGAAGCCAUGGAGAGUUAUGAAGUGGAACUCAACGGGACCAUGUAUCCCGUCAAGUGUAUCCGCAACCUGAACGGUCAUAACAUUGAACAACACAUUAUUCACGGCGGCAAGAGUGUUCCUAUUGUCAAGGGCGGUGACCAGACCAAAAUGGAGGAGGGUGAAACCUUUGCCAUUGAGACCUUUGGCAGUACCGGAAAGGGCUACGUGAGAGAGGAUAUGGAAACCUCCCACUACGCUUUGAUCCCUGAUCACAGUCAGGUGCCUCUGCGUCUCACUUCGGCGAAGAACCUGUUGAACGUUAUCAACAAGAACUUCGGCACUCUCCCCUUCUGUCGCCGUUACCUUGACCGGUUGGGCCAGGACAAGUACCUCCUGGGGCUGAACAACCUGGUCUCGUCGGGCAUUGUCCAGGACUACCCUCCUCUUUGCGAUAUCAAGGGCUCUUACACCGCCCAGUAUGAACACACGAUUGUUCUUCGUCCCAACGUAAAGGAAGUGAUCAGUCGCGGCGACGACUACUGAGACGGAGCUAUUUUUGGCCGGGGGAUUGGGGAAUGUACAACUCGACGCAUUCUUAUUUGAAACGAACCAAUUAUAUGAAAUCCACGUUAACUAGUC